UAGUUACAAGUUUCACUCAUUGCAACAAAUAGAUUGUGCUCUCCUACAAUAGUGUUUGCCAUCCCUACAUGUGCAUCAGUUAUGAGACAAAGUAACUCUAUAUCAAGGAAUGGCUGGUGCAAGUACAGAGUGAGGUGGUUCUAUUCCAAAGGAGCAUUUCUCGUUCUGGUCUGGGUUAUGCUGUUGACUAUAGCCUGUAUAUCAGUGUACCAUGUGUUCCAUCAACAACCUUAUGUCAAUUCUGUAAUUUCAAAAUGGCUACUUGCUAUCCCAUUUGUGUUUGGUUUGUUCAGAACUGUUUUCUCAGGAUGGUUAGCUGACUCUAAGCUUGGAAACUACAGAGUGAUGAAAUACAGUUUUGUGCUGUUAUUUCUUACACAGAUACUAACUGGUGUACUACUCAAGGCUCCUCUGCCCAUACAUGUGCCCUGAUUUACCUCCUUCAGUUGUUCUGCAACUCUCAGAACCCGACCGUUCGUGAAGAGACUGCCUCCCUUCUUGCCAAGAUGAUCACUGACAAAUUGGUGGGUCCUAAAGUGAGAAUUGUCCUCUCCAAGUUCUUACCUUUAAUCUUUAUGGACGCCAUGAGAGACAACUCUGAGGCCAGUGUUCACAUGUUCGAGAACAAUCAGGAGAACCCAGAGCUGAUUUGGAACGACGAGGCCAGAGAAAAAGUGUCAGGAGUAGUGUCUAAAAUGAACAAGGAGUUCUUCCUUAAGCAGAAGGAAGACCCCAACACUCUGUGGAGGUUGCCCGACAAUUUUAAGGUGGUCUAUUCACAGGUACAAGGAGAGAUCAUGGUGGGCGGAGUCUUCUUAAGGAUAUUUAUAUCGCAGCCUACUUGGGUUCUGAGGAAACCAAAGGAGUUUUUGAUAUCACUACUCGACAAGUUUGGACAGCUCUCACAGUCUGCUCAUCCUGAUGGAGAGAUCCUGGAGACAGUGACAGAGGCUUGUGUUUGUCUCUUUACUGCCCAACCAUCACUAGCGGACCAGGUUCCACCGCUGGGUCACAUUCCCAGGAUCCUGGCCCGAAUGAAGGCUGACAACGAAGUUAUUCCAAAAGCUUGUCUUCAGGUCACACACAUACUGGCAGACAGCGAGGUCUGUGUGCGAACGAUGUCCAAGUGUGACACAGUGGUUCCGUUGAUCUGUGCCAUGAAGAAGAGGAAAGACAGUGUACACGUUGCCGCAGAGACCAUCAAAAAGCUAUAUGACCUCAUGAUUCCCGAGCUAGUGGUACAGGCUGUGAAUGGAGAGUUGAUCCCGUUCCUACUGAAGCUGCUUGAAGACCCUCUGUCUGAGUGUGACAAGCCGUCAGCCACUAAAGCACUCAUAGCUGAGUCACUCAAGAACAUGGCUAAAGACCUCGCCAAUGGAGAGAGGAUAUUAGAGAUACUGGAAAAAUCCCCUGUGUGGUCGGCGUACAAAGACCAGAAACAUGAUCUCUUUCUCACCAACACGACUGUAUCUGGUUACCUUACGGGUCCGUCUGGCGUAGCUGGUUACCUCACGGCUGGAACCUCGUCGUCGGCUAACAAUGCAAACAGUGCUCCAUCCCCACUAGAGCCGCCGGAGGACGCACCCACUGGCGAUGAUGACGAUGAUGACUAGCUGUAUCUUAGGUUGUUAUAUAAUUGUAUUUGAGUUGUGAGUACAAAAACUGCUUUCUAUUUUUAAAGUCUGUAAUAAUUAAUAAUUGUAUCGUGGAUUUUGAG